GGGGGAAGGUCGUGCAUCCAUCCGUUAGGAUUGGAGGGCCGUAGCGAAUUACACCUUCCCGCUGGGAGCUUGUAGGGCCGCUGAUGGGGAGGGCAGUGCGGGCACCGAUCGCCCCCCUCCCCCGAGUUUACUGUGGCUGCAUCCUCCGGCUGGGUGGGCGGGGGUAUGGGGAGGAAGGCGGAGGCAGGCACCACUCUCCGCUCCACGUCUAGCUGUGUGUGUAGGAAGGAGAGAGGACGGAGCUGGAGGAGCUGCGGUAGCAGCGAGAGGCCGGGGCGAGGGGCAGGCGCCCAGACACCCAGCCGGUGCCCGGCGAGGAGGAGCGGGGCGCAGCCCGCGCUGGAGAGCGAGAGCCAGGCACCGGCAGAGGCUGAGCCGGUGCGCAGAAGGAGCAACAGGCGGAGCGCUGGGCGGAGGGCAGAGGGCAGCCGGACCUCGGCAGAAAGGACAGACUGAGCGGCCCCGAGCCCCGGAGCAGCGCGAGGGACGGACAGACCCAGACCCACCCAGGGGAAGAGAGAAACUGGCAAGCGGGAGCAACAGACACACCCCGGCUCCUGAAGGAGAGGGAAGGACAGCCUGCGAGCCAGCCUCCGGGAGGUGAAACAGGGACAGCCGGACAGACCGCUAGCUCCAGCCCCCAGCGAGGAGGGGCAGACAGACCCAGACCCCAGCGGCGGGAGGGGAGGGACAGACGAACCCAACUAGACUCCAGCAAGGGGAGGGACAGACAGACCCCAGCGGGGGACAGGGGUGGGGGGGGGGGGAGAGGAGGGACAGACAGACUCAGAUCCCAGUCGGGAGAGCGGAGGACAGAGGGACCCAGACCCCAGCAGCAGCGGGGGGAGGGAGAGCGCACCUUGAGCUGGGCAGAGCAGCAGACCCAGGGCUGCCCCGCCACCUCCCCGCCAGGCUUGGCUCCCCUGGCCAGGCGGUGCAGCUGGCAUGAGGGCGGAGGAGCCCCUGUCUCUCGCAGGGGCCGGGGGCGGCUGCGGAGAGGCGGAGGCUGCCGGGGAGGACCGGAGCGGGAGCGGCAGCUGCUGCAGCAGCGAGCGCCUGGUGAUCAACAUCUCCGGGCUGCGCUUCGAGACCCAGCUGCGGACCCUGUCGCUCUUCCCGGACACGCUGCUGGGGGACCCGAGCCGCCGGAUGCGCUUCUUCGACCCGCUGCGCAACGAGUACUUCUUCGAUCGGAACCGGCCCAGCUUCGACGCCAUCCUCUAUUACUACCAGUCGGGGGGCCGGCUGCGCCGGCCGGUCCAUGUGCCCCUGGACAUCUUCAUGGAGGAGAUCCGCUUCUACCAGCUGGGCGAGGAGGCCAUCGAGACCUUCCGGGAGGACGAGGGAUUCAUCCAGGAGGAGGAGAAGCCCCUGCCUCAACAGCACUUCCAACGCCAGGUGUGGCUCCUUUUCGAGUACCCGGAGAGCUCUGGGCCGGCCCGGGGCAUCGCCAUCGUCUCGGUGCUGGUGAUCCUCAUCUCCAUAGUCAUCUUCUGCCUGGAGACCCUGCCCGAGUUCCGCCAGGAGAGCAAGGGCGCACCGCCGGGCUUUGCGGAGGGCGCGCACCUGGAGGACCAGAUGUUCUUGCUCCCUGAGCAGCCAAAUGGCACCCCGUCUCCGAUGCACCUCUCUCCCAGGGCAAACCCCUUCUUCACCGACCCCUUCUUCCUCAUCGAGACCCUGUGCAUCAUCUGGUUCUCCUUCGAGCUGCUGGUGCGCUUCUUCGCCUGCCCCAGCAAGCCCGAGUUCUCCAGGAACAUCAUGAACAUCAUCGACAUCGUGGCCAUCAUCCCUUACUUCAUCACCCUGGGCACCGAGCUGGCUCAGGAGCAACAGCAAAAACAGCAGCCUAGGACCGCCAUUAACAACAACGGGGGCCAGCAGCAAGCCAUGUCCCUGGCCAUCCUCAGGGUCAUCCGCCUGGUCAGGGUCUUCAGGAUCUUCAAGCUCUCCAGACACUCCAAGGGGCUGCAGAUCCUGGGGAAAACCCUCCAGGCCAGCAUGAGAGAGCUCGGUCUCCUCAUCUUUUUCCUUUUCAUCGGUGUGAUCCUUUUCUCUAGCGCUGUGUAUUUUGCUGAGACUGAUGACCCAGAAUCUUUGUUCACCAGUAUCCCAGAUGCUUUCUGGUGGGCAGUAGUGACCAUGACCACUGUGGGCUACGGGGACAUGUACCCUAUGACAAUCGGGGGCAAGAUCGUGGGCUCCUUGUGUGCUAUCGCUGGCGUGCUGACCAUAGCCCUGCCCGUACCUGUCAUCGUGUCCAACUUCAACUACUUCUACCACCGAGAAACUGAGCAGGAGGAGCAGUGCCAGUACACCCAUGUCACCUGUGGCGAGCAGCAAUCUCCUUUCUCGGAGCCUAAAAAGGGGGGCAGUAAUCAGUCCCUCAGUAAAUCAGAAUUUCUGGAGGCAGAAGAUUUAGAAUCUAUGAAAUAUCCCAACUUCAUUCCAGCCAGCAAUCAGGGCUACAGAGGGAAGAAAAUGCUGACAGAAGUGUGAUCAGCUUCUCUAACAGGGUGUGGAACAAGACUGGACUUUUACAGUUCUACUACCCUCGCCCCGUUCUCCUGGAUCCCAAAUGUAUAGCCACAAGCUGCUGCACAUUCUCUCUCCCAGUAGCAGCUGCAUACGUUUAAGACAAAACACCAGACUGCGAAUUGUGAUGCUGAAAACAAAUUGCUUGUGAUCUGGACACUCUUGUCCUUGGUUGCUAUGUCUCAUUAGCUUGUGCAAUUGGACAUUCCUUUGUCUUACUCUAUAGAUCAAGGGGGCCCACUUGUUGUCCCCUUCCCCUUCCAUUUUAUUUUUGGCGUGGGGCGGAGCUUUAUUCCAGUUGUAACUUUGAAGACUAAUUUUUCUACUACAUCGACAAAAGAAAAGCCCAGGCCACAUUUGUUGCUAAAAGAUCAGGCAGGGAAUAGGUCAAAUGGGCUACUAACAUCUGUCUCAAGCUGUGCUGGUGAAUUCCUGUGCUGGUGCAGUGACCUUGGUUGUGGGAUCAGUCAUGCCUGCCAUGCGGUUGCCUUGGGAGAAUGGAAAUGUUGGAUCCAGUGUUGCAUUGUGUUCUGCAGAUAUAGGGAAAAUCAACGAGUGUCCUUCCGCUGACACUUUUCCCUGGGUUUGCACUGCAGUGUGCAUGUAAGGGCCUGUUUGUUAUUAGAUUUUCAGAUCUAAAAGCACUUUAAUUUUUAACUUGUUGCCAUGAUAGAAGUCGUGACCAAUAUUUGCCAUCUGUGGCAUAGCAGAAACAGUUGUUUUUUAAAUUUAUAGUAAUUAUUUUCUUAUUCAUUGUGUUUGAACAAAUUUCACUUUUGUUUCCAUCAGUACCCUAGUGUUAAUUAGCAUUUAUCAUAGCAACACCAUCUUUGUUCCUAUAAGUGUCUUCCUAUGCAAGGCACGUUUGGGCUAAUUCCUUUGUCUUCUGACAUGUACCACAUAAGUGUUUUAAUGAAAUGUACUUUAUACUACAAGUAUCCAGUUCUGUACUUAGAACCAUGGGAGCAGUUGACUUCAUUGGGGUGUGCAGUUCUGAAUUUAAGGGCUUGUAUAGAUUAGGGAAAUUUGCAAUGGUGUAUUUACACUGCUGCAGACCCCUGCUGUAGACACACUGCAUCAGUGCAAAAUGGGGCUUACAUUGGUAUGACCAACCCACCGGGGUCAAUCACACCAGUAUAGUUGUGUCAUUUAGGGGUAUGCAUUGCCACCAGUGCAAAUUUCUCUAAUCUAUCUAGAUAAACCCUAAAGGCAUAACUGGGAUCUUUUGAAUGAGGAAAAAGACCUAAAGGCUUAAUCUUGGAAAGGUGCUGCUGUCUUAACAAGAAAUACUCAAAAUGUAAGUUUAGAUGGAAGGCACACCAAGAUGGUUCACAUACUCCAGGUUCUUAUGAGAGCAACAUUUGUCAGCAGUGCAAAAGGCACACUCUGGUCUGAAGCAUUAUGCUUAUCAGUGAGCACAUUUUACAACUCAAGGUGCAUCUACUGUGUCCAGAUCAUCUCACUAUCUAAAAUAACUCUGCCUUUUUUCUGAUUUAAAAUAAUUACUCAACACCCUUCCUUGUUGGAGAGCAAGUGGGGAGGAAGGGGAAAUUGAUGCUUACAGAAUCCACAGAUAAGGAAAUGUCUUUUAAAAUUAAAUGUAUAUUUUGCAUGCAUGUGUGUGCAUUAGAGAGUGAGAGAGAGGCAGCCAUUAAUGCAUUGUGCUAUAUUAUAUAUGUAUUACCUGUUUUACAUAUUGCAUAUAACAUGUGUAAUACAUAGAACAGUGUACAUAAUGUAUAUACAUUUCCUGCAUAUUAUGUGUAUUAUGUGCUGAAGCCAUAAAGCAGGGUCCUAAGGAAUAAGAAAAAAGAUAAAAUAAAGGAGUGUCCUUUAUUUAAAUGUGUUGCUCCCCCACCAGGUUUUAAGACAAAAACAGCAGGAUUGUGAGACAGGAGCAAUUAGCACAGAUUUGUACCUUUGUGACCCUACUAAUUCCCUCCUGUUCUGAGAUUUGGUUCCACACCUUGACUGACUUUAUCAUGGUCUUUCCUCAUUUAGGCCCUGAUCCUGCACUGAGAACUGCGUGGGCAAACCUCAACACUUGUGCUCACCCUGAGUCCCACUGACUUCAAAGGGGCUCUGUAUUGGGUGCAGUGAUCUCUCCACAAGUUCUUAGUGGAGGAUCAAAGCAUUAGACCUUGAUCCUUCUCCUACUGAAGUCAGUAGCAAAACUACCAUGGAUUUCCAUGGUGCAAGAUCAAGUCCUUAGGCCAGAUUGUGAGAUGUGAUGAGCACACUGCUACCUCGAUAUAACGCCACCCGAUAUAACACAAAUUCGGAUAUAACGCAGUAAAGCAGUGCUCCAGGGGGGCGGGGCUGCGCACUACGGUGGAUCAAAGCAAGUUCAAUAUAACGCGGUUUCACCUAUAACGUAAGAUUUUUUGGCUCCCGAGGACAGCGUUAUAUCGAGGUAGAGGUGUACUAUAAACUCCAAUUGAAACUGAUGGUAGCUGAUAGUUCAGCACAAAGCUAUUUUGUUUGGUUGUAUUUCAGGAAGACUGUUUUACAUAAUGAAUUAUGAUUAUGAUUUUUUUUC